AAUCUAUAAUUUCCUUAGGAAAAAAAAAACAAAACCAAGUAUUCCACUUCCGCUGGCGGGUUUGUCUUUUUACCUUACUUCUAUAAUCAACACAUUGUAUUGGCUACACAUCCAAUUUUUGGUGUGUGGUUACUAUCACACACAAUGACCAAGGGUAGAACUGAGUUGGGAGACAUAACUCCUCACAACAUUAAGCAACUUAAAAGAUUAAAUCAAGUUGUUUUUCCGGUGACUUACAAUGACAAGUUCUAUAAAGAUGUCCUAGAAGUUGGUGAACUAGCUAAACUGGCAUAUUAUAAUGAUAUUGUGAUUGGAGCAGUUUGCUGUCGAAUCGACACUUCUGAAAAUGUUCGACGGUUGUACAUCAUGACCCUAGGCUGUUUGGCUCCUUACAGAAGACUUGGCAUUGGUACUGUUAUGCUUGAACAUGUGCUCAACAUCUGUGAAAAAGAUGGUAACAUUGAUAACGUCUUCCUACAUGUGCAAGUCAACAAUGAAGGAGCCAUAAAGUUUUAUGAAAAGUUUGGCUUCAAGAUUGUUGAGGAAAAGAAGAACUACUACAAAAGGAUAGAGCCUGCCGAUGCCUAUGUUUUACAAAAGUCUUUCAAGGAAGGUUCCACAGAUGAAAGGAAAACAGCUUCAGAGACCUCUAGUGAAGACACAACAGAUAAAAUAAUGUCAUAGCAUUUUCCCAUCUGCACAUUUACCACCUGCUUUAGCUUUCUUAAAAUUAUUCACUUUUGUAUUUGUGUGAGAUGACUAAGAAUGUUUUUCACAUUUAUUGACAUCAAAUAGUUACUUUAAAAUUUUCAAAGGGUAAAAAUUUAUGAUUUAAAAAUCUCUAUAAUACCAUUAGGCGUUCUUGGAAAUAGUAUAAAAUUGUUAUCAUGUUGCAAGUUUUGGAACUCUUUGAAUAAGUAUACAUGCAGGUACUAUUUAAUUAGUACUGUCUUGUCAAACGGUAAAAUAAAACAUUGCUAGAUCUUUGAUUUGUGCACUGGUAAUUGAAAACUCAAGCUGUGAGUCUGUACUAUUAGCAUGUUUCAGUUUGUCCUGAGUGAU